AUGGCAUCAGCGCGCGAGAGUGAGGAAAGCGAUGGUCGCGAUGCAUGCCAGUUGACGGCGGCGCAAGACGAGUCGCCGUCGUCGCGAUGCCUCGCUGUGCGCCCAGCCCUCGCGCAUCGCCUCUACUCCCACCGUCUACACGUACGCGCAAAAGCUAAGCUGCAUCGCGACAGAUUGCUCUCCGGCCCUAUGAUCGAUAUUUACGUGGGCGCGGCCAAGCGCCGCUGGACCCUCCAUCGCAACCUGCUAUGCCACCACUCGGAGCUGCUCGAGGCCGAGCUCGAGGGCGACGACGACACGCUCGACCUGCCCGACCACGACCCGGCGGGCUUCGAGCUGCUGGUCAAGUGGCUGUACCAGGGCACGCUCGACGACGUGUCUGACAUGCCCGACGCCAACCAGAAGUACGAGUACGCCGUGAGCUGCCACAAGCUGUAUCUCCUGUGCGACCGCUUCGACAUGUCGCAGCUGAAGAACGCGGCCAUGGACCAGUACCGCAAGGGCCUGCACGAGGCCGAGCUGGUCCCCGACGCCGACGAGAUCGACGACAUCUACCGCAAGAGCCCGGCCGGCUCGCCCUUCCGUCAGCUGAUGACGCGCAUCGCGGCGCGACAGAUCAUGGACCCUGCCAGCCACCGCGACGUGGAGACGUACCGCCAGUGCCUCGAGAACAACCCCGACUUCGCCCUCGACCUCGUCAAGGCCAUCCGCCUCGGGACGGGCGGCGUGCUGUUCGACGACCCGACCGAGGCCGGCAACAAGUGCGAGUACCACGACCACGAGGCGGGCCCCAACUGCCCCGUCAAGGGGAAGAAAAAGGCCAAGCAAGCCCAGCCCGACCCGCAGUCCGCCAAACCAGCUCCCUCCACAAGCUCCGUCCGACUUCUCCCCCCUCCCCCCCCUCGUCGCCCAAAGACGCCGCCUCGCCCGCUUCCUCCCCGCCCAGCUCGCCGACCUCCCGGCCUAAGCGCCGGACCCCUCCGCCGACGCAUAACAAGCCCAGCCAUCUCCACGGUCUUAACAUCCAUGGAAUCAGUAAUGGCCACGCCGAGCCCGGAAGCACCGCGCGACAGGGCGAAGGACAUGGAGAGACUGAGAAGGGUAACCCCGCCGGACAGACGGACUCGCCCGCCAAGCCAGAACGGGACAGCAGCGUCCCCCUCAGCCCCCGACGCGCACCCCCCAAGCUCCGGCGCCGCGUCUCACCGUAGCCUCGCCGUGUCGCACGAGGAGGGGGAAGAAGAAGAAGACACGCGCAACGUCCUCGAGCCAACCCCCACGCGGCGCGGCCUCUGGAACUGGGCCCGAUCCGGAACCGGCACCUUCAACAUGAUGGGGCGCGUCGCGCACCCGGACUGGAACGACACGCCGCCCUUUACCCUCGGCGCCACGCAGGACGACUUCAGCCUGCCCUCCACCACCGCCACACACCCCGACACCCAGCUCCCCGACACCCAGCCCCCCUACAACAAUACCCCCGCCACCCUCCCCGCAACACCCCUCUCCUUCGCCCAAACAAAACGCUCCUCAGACGAACUCCUCGCCACAGCAUCCAGCACCGCCACAUCCGCGCAGUGGACAAACGGCACCGCGCCAGAGACCCCCACGCCCCCGCAGCGCAGACCAGAUUCUCCGCUCGAAUCAGAUUCCGAACCCACACCUACUAAGGAUAGCUUCUCACAUGCGAAGGAUAGCUUCUCACAUGCGAAAUCAGACUCGGAUACGACGCUUUAUGAUGACCCGCCUACGCCGGCGGUGAAGAGUGGGAAGCGCGGGUUGGAGGGUGCGAAUGGGAAUGGGAAGGUGACGCCGAGGAGGGUGGCGACGUAUAAGAUUGCGCUUGCGUCGAGGCUGAUGUCGCCUGGUGCUGGUGCUGUUAGUGGAGGGGGGACGUGA